AAAUGAUGAUGCCCUAUGUGUACAUGUGCUUCUAUCGUCAUUUGAUGCCUUAACAAUACAUCGAUUUGAAAAGGAGAACACCUAUAGUUUCAUAAAGAUCCCAACAUUCAUCUACAUCAUCUCUCCAGAUAUCUUAUGAUAAUGAAGAAAUAAAAACUUGAUCAAAGCUCCCCUAUUCAAAAACUGAACUUCUUUUGAACAGUCUGAUAGCGGUAUUGUCAUAAAGGUGAUCUGGGCUUUACCGAGAGUGUCUCUCCGUUCAUCCACCUGAAAGACCUUUUCACCCCUCUCUACUGAUUACUAUUCAAAUGCCAAAAAAUAGCAAGGUCGUCAAGAGAGACCUUGACGAUGACGUCACAGAGUCCGUCAAAGAUCUGCUUUCCAACGAGGAUACAUGCGAUGAUGCAUUCAAGAAGAGCUCGCUGAUUGUCAGCAAUGUCCCGGAAAAAAAGGACAGGGACAUGGAGGAGGGCUCCCUCUCAGAUGAGGAGAGGCCGGCAUGGAACAGCAAGCUCCAGUACAUCCUGGCCCAGGUGGGCUUCUCUGUGGGCCUCGGCAACGUGUGGAGGUUUCCCUACCUCUGUCAGAAGAAUGGGGGAGGAGCAUACCUCGUACCCUACCUAAUCCUGCUGAUCCUGAUCGGGAUCCCCCUGUUCUUCCUGGAGCUGGCCGUAGGACAGCGCAUUCGGCGGGGCAGCAUCGGGGUGUGGAACUACAUCAGCCCCCACCUGGGAGGGAUCGGAUUCGCCAGUUGUAUGGUGUGCUUCUUCGUUGCCCUGUACUACAAUGUCAUCAUUGCCUGGAGCCUGUUCUACUUCUCCCAGUCCUUCCAGCAGCCCCUCCCAUGGCACGAAUGUCCGCUGGUCAAGAACAAAACAAACACAUACGUAGAGCCAGAGUGUGAGAAAAGCUCAGCCACCACUUAUUACUGGUACCGCAUGACCCUGGACAUCUCCAACUCCAUCUCUGACAGCGGCGGGCUGAACUGGAGGAUGAGCAUCUGCCUGCUGGCUGCCUGGACCAUGGUGUGCCUGGCCAUGAUCAAAGGCAUCCAGUCCUCAGGGAAGGUUAUGUACUUCAGCUCUCUGUUCCCCUACGUGGUUCUGAUCUGUUUCUUGGUGAGGUCCCUUCUCCUGACUGGGUCUGUUGAUGGGAUUCGCCAUAUGUUCACCCCCAAGCUGGAAAUAAUGCUGGAGGCUAAAGUAUGGCGGGAGGCUGCCACCCAAGUGUUCUUCGCCCUGGGGCUUGGCUUUGGUGGGGUCAUCGCCUUUUCCAGCUACAACAAGCGCGACAACAACUGCCACUUUGACGCCGUGCUGGUGUCCUUCAUCAACUUCUUCACCUCUGUGUUGGCCACACUGGUGGUAUUCGCAGUGCUUGGCUUCAAGGCCAAUGUCAUGAAUACCAAGUGCAUCACGCUAAACACAAAGAAGAUUGUUGGACUUCUGGGUAAUGCGAUUAGUCCAGAGCUGAUCCCCCCACAUAUUGACCUCUCCAAUGUGAGUCCAGAGGACUACACACAGAUGAUAGAGAUCAUCAGAGGGGUGAAGGAGAGCGACUACUCACUUCUCGGUCUGGAUUCAUGCAGCAUUGAGGAUGAACUGAACAAGGCUGUUCAAGGCACUGGCUUAGCAUUCAUAGCCUUCACCGAAGCCAUGACCCACUUCCCAGCCUCACCCUUCUGGUCGGUCAUGUUCUUCCUCAUGCUGGUGAACCUGGGCCUGGGCAGCAUGUUCGGCACCAUCGAAGGCAUCAUUACGCCCCUCGUCGACACCUUCAGAGUGCGCAAGGAGAUCCUCACAGUGGUGUGCUGUGUCUCGGCCUUCUGCAUCGGCCUGCUCUUUAUCCAGCGCUCUGGGAACUACUUUGUGGCCAUGUUUGACGACUACUCUGCCACACUCCCGUUACUCGUGAUUGUUGUUCUGGAGAAUGUGGCUGUGGCCUGGGUGUACGGCAUGGACAAGUUUUUUGAAGACCUGAAAGACAUGCUCGGGUUCUCGCCAUUUCGGUUCUAUUACUACAUGUGGAAAUACAUCACUCCUACGGUGCUGUUGGUUCUUCUGAUGGCCAGCAUGAUUCAGCUAGGAAUGACUCCGCCCAGUUACAGCGCCUGGAUUGAGGAACUGGCCCAGGAACGGUCCCGGAGCUAUCCCGCCUGGGGCUUGGCCGUGUGCGUGUCCCUGGUGGUCAUGGCCAUCCUCCCCGUGCCCGUGGUCCUCGCCCUGCGCUACUUUAACCUGCUGGACGAGAGCGCGGGGGGGUUCUCCUCCGUGUCCUACAGGAAGGGCCGGAUCAUCAAGGACACGGCCGCGCCCGACGACGACAACGCCAGCCUGAUCCACGGCAAGUCCCCCUGCAGCGAGGCGCCCUCCCCCGUGCCCGGCAGCAUCUACCGCAAGCAGAGCGCCGGCCUGGACGCCGACAUCACCCCCAACGGCCGCUACGGCAUCGGGUACCUCAUGGCCAACAUGCCUGACAUGCCCGAGUCAGACUUGUAACCCUGGUUGACUAUGCAUUUUCCCCUGUAUAAUCAUCUUCAUAUAUUAACUUGUAUAGCUGUAGAUAACAUAGCUCAUGUCAUGUGUGUAUACUACCCUCCUUAUACUGUAAGUGCAGAAGUAAAAAAUGUUGUAGAAUAGCUGUAUAUAUUUAUCCUGCCAAGAAUUACACCAUGUACCCGCCACACAGGUAAAAUUAAGGUUAGCCGCUCUAUUCACUUAAGAACGCACAGCAGCAAACGUAGACACAAAGCAAGCACAUCAACAUGAUUUGGGUGUCAAAAUGUAUUGCGCAUCAGUAAAAGGAUGGCAUUUCCAUUUUAAAUGAUUGUUCACAAAAAUGUGUGCCUAAUAUCUUCUUAUAUAUUUGUUAAUAGAAAUCUAUGUGGACUUUGUAUAUUUAUAUGGCAUUCUGUGUACAGUAUAUAAAAUACAUGUAUAUUUAUCAAAACCGUUUCAGAUAAUUCAGAUAAUUUACUUUUCAUCAAAAAUGUUGAGCAUCUUUAACAGCUGUUCUUUUUGUGUACUGAUGUGCUCUCACUGUAAAGAUCUCUGAUGCUUCCAAAUCCUGUAAAUAAUUUUCUCUGUGAAAUUAGCUUUUAAAUAUUAGUGCCGUCUUUUUUCAAGUGUGAUUAAAGGUCAUACUGUAUGGUCCAAA